UAAAAAAAAAAAUGUAUAAUGUUGUCAAUGAUCACAAGUAGAAUAUGUAUUCGAACUUUUGUAACAAAUUCUAAAGUAAAAAAAGUUGUGAUCAUUGGAGGAUCUGGUUUUAUUGGCAAGUAUACCGCAAAAGCUUUUAUACAGGACGCUGAUACAUCCAUCGAAUUAGGUGCUAGAAAUUCAAAGAUUGUAAAUGAACUUAAAUCAUUAGGAAAUCAAAUUUUACCCCCUGUUUCAAGCGAUAUCAUAUCCAAAUCGGAUAUUUUAAAGGCAUGUCAAGGGGCGAGCAUAAUUGUAAACCUAGUUGGUAUAAUGCAUGAACGUCCUCCUAUAUAUACCUUUGAUAAUGUUCAACAUCUAGGUGCACGUAAUGUUGCUAUUGCUGCAAAAGAAAAUAAUGCUCAAUUAAUUCAUAUAAGUGCUAUUGGAGCUGACCCUAAUAGCAACAUACCUUAUGCUAAGACCAAAGCUUUGGGUGAGAUUGUCGUACGUGAAAUUUGUCCAAAUGCGAUUAUUAUACGUCCAAGUAUAGUAUUCGGUCCGGAAGAUGAUUUCUUCAAUAGAUUCGUGAAAUUAACGAAAUAUUUACCAUUUAUGCCAGUUUUUAGUGGAGGAAAAACAAAAUUUCAACCAGUUUAUGUUUGGGAUGUUGCCAAUGCAAUAGUUAAAUCAAGUUCUGAUCCAAAAUUUUAUGGUAAAACAUUCGAACUUGGAGGUCCAAAUGUGUAUACUUAUAAAGAAAUUAUACAAUUAACGCUUAAUCAAGCUGGUAUAAGACGUCCAAUCAUUUCUUUACCUUGGUCAAUUGGUAUGAUUCAAGGAUUCUUUCUUGAAAAAUUACCACCAAAUUUAUUCACCAUCACACGUGAUCAAAUAAAAUUACUUCGUAAGGAUAAUAUUGUUUCAAAUGAUCCAAACAUUUUGACAUUAAAAGAUUUAAAAAUUGAUCCUACCCCAGCUCAUAAGGUUUUGUUCAUGUAUUUAAAAGAAAAUGGGGUAAUUCCUAAUAAGAGAAUUCAUCGAUCAUUUGAUAAAUAUGAUGAAAAGAUUCAAGAGGUUGAAAAGAUUAGAAGUGAAAUACCAAAGGAAGCUUUAGAAAAAGAAGCAGAAUAUAAAAAAUUACAUGAUGAAUUAGAUAAAAAACGAAAAAUUUCAUAAAAUUUCAUAAAAAUAUUUUUUAAUAAAAUACUUUUUAAUAAAAUAACUAUUGUAUAUUAAUAUUAUUACUCAGAGAAAAUAUAUAUAUCUUGUAUUAGUGUAAUUUAUAUAAUCUAUAAAUCUAUAUGUAAAUAUUUUAUCUUAGAUAUCUAUAUCACUAUCACCCGAAUUAUAAAUAAUGAUCGUGCCCUUUAUUUUACGGGUUUUACGGGAAGAUAAUUUCGUGCGAUAAUCUGACAGGUAUUUCGUAAUAUUAGCAUGGGGGAAAAAAAAAGUAAAAAAAAAAAAAGGUACAUUUAAAAAACAUUUAAACCAUUUAACCAUUUAACCCAUUUAAACCAAUUAAACCAUUUAAAUCAUUUAAAACUAAACUUUAAUAUUAAUUUUUUCUUAAAAAAGUGUUUUGUUUAACAUUAAAAAAAAAA